GCACGUGUCCUCCGUGUCCUCCGGUGUUUCUGUGUCAAGCGGCCGCCUGCCAGAGAAUCCCCGCCUGCCCGCUCUAGGAAAAGCUAAGAAUAGGCUGUUUAUAUCAGAUUCUCUACAGGGAGCCGGUAUAGAGGGGGGGCCAGGCACAGGUCAGAGCGAGGAAGGUGAGAGGAGGAUGCCCUGAGAAUGGAGGCCCAGGAUCAGUACCGGGAGUAUCAGAGGCUGCAGGACUUUGAGGAGGACUCUCCCCCCGGAGAAGAGGACCUGAUAGUACAUGUGCCGGAGGCCGUGAAAGACUCCUGGCAUCACAUCAAGAACCUGGACAACUUCUUCACCAAGAUAUAUCACUUCCACCAGAAGAAUGGCUUUGCCUGUAUGGUGCUGUCUGACUUCUUUGAACUUGUCCAGUUCCUGUUUGUUGUCACUUUCACCACCUUCCUCUUCCACUGCGUGGAAUACGACGUUCUCUUCGCCAAUAAACCCGUCAAUCACACGCAUUCGGGGACCAGUCCUGAGCGCAACAAGGUGACCCUGACAGAUGCCAUCCUGUCCGCUCAGCAGUGUGCCCUUCAGAUUCAGUCCAGUGGUUGGAUCAUCUUCCUGCUGGUCAUGGCCGCCAUCUUCUGGCUCUAUCGUCUCGUCAAGAUGUUCUGCAACCUGCUGAGUUACUGGGAGAUCCGCAAGUUCUACAUCCGAGCCCUAAAGAUCCCCUCGGACGAGCUGUGUAACUACACCUGGCAGGAGGUCCAGGGCCGCCUCAUCUCCCUGCAGCGGGAACACCCCAUGUGUGUUCACAAGAAGGAGCUGACCGAGCUGGACAUCUAUCACCGGAUCCUGCGCUUCAAGAACUACAUGGUGGCCAUGGUGAACAAAAGCCUCCUGCCGGUGCGGUUCCGGGUGCCGCUGGCGGGGGAGGUGACCUUCCUCAGUCAGGGUCUGAAGUACAACUUGGAGCUCCUGUUCUUCUGGGGCCCCGGCUCGCUCUUUCAGAACAAGUGGGACCUCCAACCCAAAUUCAAGCGUCAGGGCCAGAGGCUGGAGCUGGCGCAGGAUCUGAGCCGUACCAUCAUCCUGCUGGGAUUGGCCAAUCUGCUCCUGUGCCCGUUCAUCCUGGUCUGGCAGAUCCUCUACGCCUUCUUCAGCUACACCGAGGUCAUUAAAAGGGAACCGGGCAGCCUAGGGGCCCGGCGCUGGUCGCUGUACGGCCGGCUCUACCUGCGUCACUUUAACGAGCUGACCCACGAGCUCCAGGCACGGCUAAGCCGCGGUUACAAGCCGGCCACAAAGUAUAUGAACUCCUUCGCCUCCCCCCUGCUGGCCAUCGGUGCCAAGAACAUUGCCUUCUUCGCCGGCUCCAUCCUGGCUGUCCUGAUCGCUCUGACCGUUUAUGACGAGGAUGUCCUGACUGUCCAGCAUAUCCUGACCGCCAUCACUGUACUCGGCGUGUUGGUCACCGUUGCCAGGUCUUUCAUCCCGGAUGAGCACAUGGUGUGGUGCCCGGAGCAGCUGCUGCAGUGUGUCUUGGCUCAUAUCCACUACAUGCCCGACCACUGGCAGGGACACGCCCACAAGUCGGAGACCCGCGAUGAGCUGGCGCAGCUCUUCCAGUACAAAGCGGUCUUCAUCCUGGAGGAGCUCCUCUCCCCGAUCAUCACCCCGUUUAUUCUGAUCUUCUCUCUGCGCCACAAAUCUCUGGAGAUCAUCGACUUCUUCCGGAACUUCUCGGUGGAGGUGGUCGGCGUCGGGGAUAUUUGCUCGUUUGCUCAGAUGGACAUUAGAAAACACGGCCACCCUCAGUGGAUGUCGGAGGGACAGACUCAGGCCUCGGUGUACCAGCAGGCGGAGAACGGGAAGACGGAGUUGUCGCUGAUGCAUUUCGCCAUCACCAAUCCUCAUUGGCAGCCGCCAUUGGAGAGCUCGAUGUUCAUUGGUCAUGUGAAGGAGAAGGUUCAGCAAGACGCAGCCAACGCCCCUUCUGCACAGCAGAUCCUCUGUGAUGCCCCCAUCUGCAGCUCCCUGCUGUCCAACGAGUCUGGAACUGCGCCUGAUAAUUUGCUGGCCAGUGUCCUGGUCCAUCCGGUGCUGACCGCCAGCGGAUUGCCCACCCGGGAUCGCCGCUUCGCUCAACCAACAACGACCGCGUCUGCUGCCGCCAGCGUAUUGGCUUCCCUCUCCGCAUCCCAGUUCUCCGGCCGUCCACAGGGGGCGCACUCCAACCCUUCACUCUACAACAGCGAUCGCACUGUCCUGCAGCACAGUGCCAUAUCGCCGAGUGACUUCCAGCUCCAGAGUGCUUCUCGCUCUUCCCUGCUGGCCUCAGAGUUUGCAUCUGCUGAGAUGAGUCUACACGCCAUUUACAUGCAUGAGGUACACCAGAUUCAAGGCUCAGCACAGCGCCCCCUAGGGAUGUGGCAAGCAUCAGAUCUGUCUCCUCAUCAGAGACCCCACCCAGGGACCAGGUCCGGUUCUCGGUCGGGGUACCAUGGUCUGCGCCUCGGGGGCUGGGAAGAGGAGGAGCAGGAGGCGGAAGAAAGGACCCCCUUGAAGGUGGCUUCAGCGGCCCAUAGCACAAGCAGCAGCAGCGGUGGAAGCAGUUAGCACAUCCCAUAAGGUCCCUUACUGAUCGAUCAAAGAUGCUCUUCAUGUAUAUGGGACGUGGUGUUGCUCCUGAUGGCCACCAGAACUGUGCUGGGCGUUGGGUCGCUCUCUGAGUCGCCCGGCUGGUCCCUACAUGUAUUAUUAUUAUUUUUAUAUCAGACGUCGGUGCAUGGCCAGACCCCGUGCCGCUUCUACAGAGAGACUACGUUUUAUGUCGCUGAAUUUUGGAUAAGCUACUUGUAAAGGAAGAUGUAGAGAUAUUUAUUAUUUCCAGUGUUAUUAUUGACCUGCUGCCCUCAUUCAGAAUGUCGCUGCCCUCAGUGGGGGGGGGGGUCCAUAUUCCCCCGUGUGACCCCCACCGUAUUAGACCCCCCCCCCUAAAAGACUGUGCUGCCUGCUGGGGGCUUCCAGCUGCUUUUCAUAUCGGUGUUCCCGCCCCCCAAGCCCUGUGUUGCCGGCACUCCACCCAUAGCUGUAAUAUUACUUCAUCACCGACCGCGCUAGAAUGGAUGGCGGGAUCCGGAGAGGUGGAGGGCGCUGGCUGGACACGGAGGGGGAUUUGUGCUUCCAAAGUGCCUUGUGGACAUGAGGAGCGGAUCGGAGGACGCCACUGCUUCUUCUUC